AUGAAGCCAAAGCUGCGGGAUACUUGUAUUUCAUACCUACGAGAAGUAUUUUCCGAUCCCGACGGUGAAUUGUGGGACGAGAGAAAUUGUCCGUACUUCUUUCCUGUAAGUUGUACCAUUCCUGCCACGCAAAGGGCAAAUAUACGAUUUGCAAUUACAGCUGAUUUCUCGUCGUUACUUUGUCCAAACCUUCAGCAAUGUAACUCUUUCUUACCGGAUGAACGACCCAAGCGAUAUUAUGGUCACGUACAAAGAAGGUUUUUGCGUCUUCAAUGCCUCGGGUAAAGAUUUUUGGUGAAUGAAUUGGCCUUUAUAUAUGGCCUAAUUUUAGAUGAGACCGGUAGCAUGGAAUCACAGCGUCCGUUAAUAGCGCUAUUACAACUGGCUACAUUGGUGCCAGAAGCUGCUUCCUCUGAAUGGAACGAUCAUUUGGUCAUUCUGAAGAGCCGGUACUGUGACCAAUUGCUGCUGAUCAUCAGGAAGAUGUUUGGUAAGGUGUUUUGGCACAAAUAUACAGUCACACCUCAGUGCAACGUACGGAGGUGUCGUUGCACCAAUUGCUAACAACAUAAUACUUGCAGCAUGUCGAAUUCCCAUCUCGCUGCUGAUCUUCGGGCGAAAAGGACUGCUUUUUGACGAAUUUAACGAUCUCAUCGCUUCCGAGCCCUCUUAUUUUCCACGAUUUGUAGUGGGAAGCGCAAGAUCGCUCUGUCCUCUGACUGCCAAUGAAAAUGAUCCACGGGUUUUUGCAUCCAUCAGGAUCGAUUCACCUAGUAGUCGAGAUUGUAAGUGUUGUUGUCAUAAAUAGCAUUAUUUUAAGACUGUCCUCACGUCCUGGGCAUUAAAACUAAACAAACAUGCGGUCAUUUGGACAACCUGAAUUUGUAUGAAGAGUAAGUUGAACACCGGAAAAAAAACGACUAAUCUUACAGUUUGCCGCACAUGCCGCAUUUGGAAUCGCUGCAUUGUGCCAUUGAGCCAAUCGGAGUUCACAACGCAGAAAUUGCCAGAGAACACUAUGCUGAAUUUGGUCGGCGGUGGAUCAAAGCGGCUCCGAAUCUUAAAGUAAGGCCAUAUUACAGACUCAGCUUUUCAAACAGAGUUUGGAAAGAAUGUUUGAAAUUUUAUCAAAAAUUUGAAUUUCAGGAAAUCUUACUUUCUACCAACUGUGACGUCUAUUGUGCAGUAAGCCAACUACUUCUGUUUUACUAAUAAAGACACCUGAAAUCCUAUUUUUUUAGUCCGUCGAAAAGGCGUUAUUGGCACUUGGACGAUUUGCCAUGGCAUUAAAGAGCACUGUAGAUGGGCUUACGGAGUCUGUUCCUAACACAAAGUUCAGGUUGAAAUCCCUGAGAAUCCACCUUCCUGAAACCGAGAUGGUAAACAAUUUAGCUUUAUGAUACCAGUACCUCUUAUUUUACCAAAAAUGCUCUUCUUUAGAGAGCUAUCAUCAUCAGUGCUCGCCAUUACUACGCCGAAACGGAAGAUUGCGCUGAAUUUAUUCCUUUCUCUUCGGAUCAAGUCCUUGAAUACUUUGUUACUUCUUAUGAAAAGUCCAAGAUUUCUGGCAGCACCUCAGCUUUGGACCUCAGGGCAAUUAAUCUCAGAUUUCUCAUAAGCGAUGGAGAUCCAGAGGUUGAAAAUUUGCACAAGGAUGGAAUCUUUUUCAAAUUUUAG